GCUUUCGGCGAGCGGUGGUGGUGCGUUCGCCGCCGGGAGCUUUGCGUUACGCGGAGCCUCCGCGCCCGGCUUUUCCCAUGGCCAAGCGGCGCGCGGAACCGCUGGUCUGUUACGCGCCCUUCAAGCGGCUCCUGCGGGAGCCGCCGCCGCCUCCCCGCUCCUCCCUGUCCGAACGCCGCCCGCGGAACGAGGCAGCGGGCGCCGGAGCCGCCGCCAAGCGGAAGCUGGAGGAGGCCGAGGCGCCGCCGGGAAAGCGUCCCGGGCUGCGCGGCGGCGGUCCUCGAGGGGAGCUGAGCGAUGCGGCGGGCAGGCGGCGGCGGCGGGAGGAGCCCGCGGCGCCCCACGACGGGCGGACGGCGGAGGGGAGCGACGGCAGGCGGGGCGAAGAACCGGCGGCCGCCCCGCAAGAAGAAUUCAAUCAGUAUAACUCAUUCUUGUAUUGGAGAGCACCAUUGCCUGCAAUUGAUUUAUCUGAUAUUCAGAGCCUGCAUGGAGAGACUACAUGUGCUGAUAAAACUCCUUCAAGGACUGAUACCAUGGAGACUGAGAUGGAGACCUGAUCAGUUGUUUCAUAGCUGUACAAGUACUUGCAGGAAGCUUGUUUCUGUUUGGAUUCAGUUUUUCCUGUGUGGGAGAAAAAUCAACGUGCUUCUGUUUUUAUGAAGAAACAGUGUUACAUCAAUAUGAAAAGGCAAGUCAGAGCUGUCAGGUUGGUGGAAUCAUCACAGUUAGGUACUGUUAGCUGGCUGGAGAUGUGAACUUAUUGAUUCUGUGUGAAGGAGGCUAUGUUUGUUUAGCAUGAAGGCUUGAAUUCAUGGAAGCAAAGUAGAAGAAAAUGACAGAAAAUUAGUUAACUUCUGGAUGUAGUUUUUAAAAAACAGUUGGAUAAGUUACACAUGGAAAGGAAAUGGAAAUUAGUUUAGCCUGUCUUGAACAAGAAGUGUAACUGUUGUACCAGAAUAUGAAAUUCUUCAUCGUAAAGCACAGAAACUGGUACUUCUUAGUUAUUUUUUUUUCAGUGUAAUAAUACCUAAGCCAAAAAAAAAAUAUAAGUCCACCAAAACCAGACAAAACAUUCCCUUUUCUAUGCAAACCAAAAAAGAGUGUGUUGGGGAUGGGAAGGGAAAAGGGGAUCUAUUCUGUAAGCUGCCAGUGUUAUGAAUGAUGAGUCUUCUUAUGAUCACUCAAAGCAGCUGGCUUUUAGAUUUUUUUUUUUAAUCUGUUCUAAAGUUAAUGAUUUUCUUACUCUUUGUGAAAUUAAACUAGCUGGUAAUGUGGAAAUAGCAGCUGUAUGCAGGGUCAUGAAAGGUUAAUGCAGUAUGAAUUGUGUACCUAGUUGACUGAGGUUUAGUCUUUUGCAGAUGUUGUGGAUUUUGCAGGAAUCUUUUUUUUUUUACAGAAGUUCAAUUAGUUCAUGGUUUGUUUUUCUUUGUUUGUUUUUGCUGUGAAAUAUGAUUGUAAUGCGCUUUCUUGUAAUUUAUUUACAAGUUAAAAUACAAUUAGAAAUACAUGUUUUCAGUAAUAGGUUGAAAUUUAAAGUUGUAUUGGCAGACUGUCAGACUUGUGAAUGUAACUUGUUUUUAGGUAAGUUUGUUAUAUUUUUGCUGGAGUCAUCUUAAAAUUAAAAAAAAUCUUUUUACUAAUGUGUUUGUCAAUAAAAUUUAGUCUGUGCGUGUUUGAAA